AUGAGACCAGUAUUUCAGCGGCGGGUGCCGCUUCUUUUCGUCAUUCUUUCAUUCUUCACAUUUCAAGCUCUGACGCAGUUUCCCGGUGUCCAAGCAGCGAGCUCACAGACACCGCUGGGCAAGUCGUCGGAUAGUUGGAGCGCAACUGGGCCAGAUGGCGAACCAGCGUGGAAGUCGAGAUGGGGCAACAUGGAACGGGAGGACAGUCCACAUCAUCAGGGUACGUUGGAAUUCGACGAGGCCAUGACCGCUCUGCGCAAGAUCCAGCCUGUAGCGCCGCCCUGGUGGAACUUCGACAAGAAGUCGGGCGUGUUGGGAAGCAGUGCAUACUACGCAAAAGAGAUCUUUUUCCUCCUAUUCAUGAACGGGCCGCCCCAGCAGGAACUUUUGACGACCAGUUCGCAGCCCAGAAAACUCGGUCAGCCCUUGGCGCAAGCUGUCAAACUGUUGGAAGACGCAGCCGCACAGAAGAAUCCCGACGCUCUGUUCGUCCUGGCUGAGAUGAACUUCUACGGCAACUUCACGCAUCCACGAAAUUACUCGGAAGCCUUUCGACGAUACCAUGAACUCGCACUCCUAAACGGAAACGCCUCGGCACAGCACAUGGUCGGAUUCAUGUAUGCGACAGGCAUCGGCGGGGCUGUGAAGCAAAAUCAGGCCAGAGCGAUGCUCUACUACACACUUGGUGCGGAAGGGGGUGACAUACGCUCGGAGAUGGCCAUUGCCUAUCGACACUCUGCUGGCAUUUCGACCCCUCCUAACUGUGAAGAGGCUGUACAUUUCUAUAGGGAAGCUGCGGAUAAAGCAAUUGCAUACAUGCGGUCGGGACCACCAGGGGGGCAUUCAAUGCCUAGGGAGUCGUAUAGGAUUGCAGACGAAGAGGGCGGUGUUUACGGUGAGGGCGCCAGUGCCAGUAGUUCUGGACAGAAUGCCAAAGUGGCAAGCGUACACUCGGACGCCUUCUCUUCGCUCGACGAUGUUGUGGAAUAUAUGGAUCUUCAGGCAAGGAAGGGUGAUGCAAGAGCUAGCUUUAACCUCGCCAAACUAAACUACGACGGUGCUCGAACCUCAAAGCGGGAUCUCCCAGCCGCUAAGAAACGAUUCCUUGAACUGGCCCGCUUGUAUUGGACCAAGGAUGGGAAGGUCAAGGCCAAUGUCUCGCCCGUCACCGAAAAACUGGCUUCCAAAGCCGCUGGCUAUCUCGGUCGUAUGUUCCUGCGAGGUGAGGGUAUGCCACAGAGCUUUGACAUCGCAAGAACCUGGUUCCGCAGGGGCAUGGAGCUUGGCGAUGCGCUUUCACAAUAUUCCAUGGGAAUCAUGUACUUGCACGGCCUAGGUGUACCCCAAGACCCAGUCAAGGCGGCAGAGCUCUUUGGUGCAGCAGCAGACCAGGAUCUGGCCGUAGCUCAAGUCAGGCUUGGAGCACUCUUCCUUGAUCAAGGCGAUGUCCCGACCGCCAUCAAGUACUUUGAGCUUGCAGCAAGACACGGACAUCUCGAAGCAUACUACUACUUGGCCGAGCUCACGCAUGUCGGUGUGGGCCGUGACCAGUCGUGUCCCGUUGCCGCGGCCUACUAUAAGCUUGUGGCAGAGAAAGCCGAGCUUGUGUCGACCUCAUUCCCUGAGGCAAACGAGGCCUACACAAAGGGCGAUCUCGAAACUGCCUUGGUCAGCUAUAUGAUGGCUGCCGAACAAGGCUUUGAAGUAGGACAGGCGAAUGUCGCGUACCUACUCGAUCAAGCCAAGCCAAAGUUUAGUCUUACUUCACUUGUUCCUUUCGUCAAGCAAAAAGCAUCACUAGCUAGCGACGCUUUCCUUGCCCUCAUCUAUUGGACACGCUCUGCCGAGCAGAAGAAUAUCGACUCUAUGGUUAAGAUGGGCGACUACUACCACUACGGCCUUGGAACUCCUCCAGAUCAGGAAAAGGCUGCAGCUUGCUACCAAGCCGCAGCCGAGUCGUUGCAAAGUGCGCAAGCCCUAUGGAAUUUGGGUUGGAUGCACGAGAACGGCAUCGGUAUCGAUCAAGAUUUCCACCUGGCUAAGCGUCACUACGAUCUUGCACUCGAGACCAACCCACGCGAGGCAUACCUCCCUGUCGUGUUGGCCCUUUACAAACUCCGCUUCCGAAGCUGGUGGAACACCGUUACGAACGGAAAAAUCAAGUCUAUUCAGGAAGAGCCAGUUGUUAAGAAGAAAUGGACCCUGUCUGAGUGGAUAAGCCGUUUCCUUGAAGCCGAGCUAGUGGGCUGGGACGAAUACGAGCCAGAUGACUAUGAUGAUGGUGCCGAUGACUUUUACGGCGAUGGAUAUCACGGAGACGACAUUGACAGCGAUAUCUUGGAGUCGCUCAUCAUUCUCGCGUUGUCGGGUGCAUUAGCGUUUUUGCUCUACUAUCGCGCGCAAAGGCAACGGAGACAGGAGGAGGAAAGAAGGAGACAGGCAGAGCAACAACAGCAGUUGAACCAGGGAGUUCCUGUACAAGCUCAUGGUCAGCAGGCGCAACAGCAACAAGAUAGAGGAUUAUUUCCACAGCCUGGCGAUCCUGACUUUAUGAAUUGGAUUGCCGGUGGUAUCGGACAUUGA